CUUAUCUGAUUUGAUUUGUUUCGUGUUCUUACAAGUGUUGCACACGUGAUCUUCUACAAAUAAAAUAUACACAACUUGUUGUGAAUACUGCUGAGAAUUGACACAUCCGUUGACGGUGAAUGAAGUGGGAAUGUGAACGGCAAGUAUAGACCCGCAGAAAACCAUCGGUUUCAAUUUCAAUUCUCAACGCGACAUUACGGAGGCGACUGCUACACCUGGAUGCUGGAGCUGAGGCCGAUGGGCGCCCGCCGCCAACUUGGACCCGUGUGGGAGUGACACCUUUCGCUGGAUAACGAAAGUUCGUUAUUACUCUAGUGUCGCUACCCUCUAUACUUUGCGCAGAAAGGGCGGCGUCGCAGCAUUGGGUUUGUCCCAAUCCAGAGAGAUGAAAAAAUGAAUCUGAAAAUUUUUUCCUUCGUUUGUCGCCCCCUUUUCCUGCUUCUUCUGCUUUGUGGGUUCUUAAUUCCAGGAUCUGCUGCUGCGAACGCCGUCACUGACCCAUCAGAAGUGAGAGCAUUGAAUGCUAUUUUCCGGCAUUGGGAUGUGCAAGCAGGGACAUUGUGGAACAUUAGUGGAGAACCUUGUAGUGGAUCUGCAAUCAAUGGAACCCAGUUUGAGGACCAAGCUAAUAACCCUGCUAUCGUGUGCAACUGUUCAUAUAACAACAACAACACUUGUCACAUCACUCAGCUGAGAGUGCAAAAAUUGGACAAAAGGGGAGUAAUUCCAAAAGAGCUUACGAUCUUGACUUAUCUCAGUGUCCUAAAGAUUGAUAAGAAUUACUUCACUGGUUCUUUGCCUACAUUUAUUGGCGAUUUAUCUGCUUUGAUAGUACUCACAGUUAGCCACAAUGCAUUCUAUGGAGCCAUCCCGAAGGAGCUUGGAAACCUCAAGGAGCUGAGAUUGUUGGCCAUUAGUUCAAAUAAUUUCUCUGGGACUCUCCCUCCUGAACUUGGAAACUUAGUCAACCUCGUGUUACUUUACAUGGAUAGUUGCGGUGCGGGUGGUGAGAUACCAUCAACAUUUGCCAACCUUGAAAAUUUGCAAAUAAUAUGGUUUUCAGACAGUCCCUUUACAGGAAAGAUACCAGACUUUAUUGGGAAUUGGACAAACCUCACAGAUUUGAGAAUUCAAGGUAACUUUUUUGAAGGCCCAAUACCAUCCAGCUUUUCUAAAUUGACCUCAUUAAAAACUCUGCGAAUAAGUGAUCUAUACAAUGCAAGCUCAUCUCUUGAUUUCAUCAAGGAUUUGAAGAACUUAAAUGAUCUAGUCUUAAGAAACGCGCUGAUAUCUGGAAAUAUUCCACCUUAUAUUGGGGAAUACAAAAGUUUGCAAAAAUUAGAUUUGAGUUUCAACGAAUUAACAGGCCAAAUUCCAACGUCUCUGUUCACUUUGAGUUCCCUUGAUUACUUGUUUCUUGGAAACAACAGCUUGUCUGGAGCUCUUCCCCCCUAUAAAAGCGAACAACUUCGUACUAUAGAUUUGUCAUACAAUGAACUAUCAGGAAGUUUUCCUCCAUGGAUUACUGAAAAUUUGCAACUGAAUUUAGUGGCCAAUAAUUUCGUAUUUGCUAGUGCAAAUGAAAGUUUAUUUCCAGGAUUGGCUUGUCUUCAGAGAAAUUUCCCAUGCUAUAGGAACGCUCCACACUCUGCCAGUUUCUCAAUCAAAUGUGGUGGACCAGAGUUCAGAUCUGCCAAUGGUGUCGUAUAUGAGGGUGAAAACUCAAUAUUUAGCCCAGCAUCGUAUUAUGUAGCCUAUACAAAUAAUUGGGCUGUUAGCAAUGUGGGUUUGUUUGCUGAUAUGAGCUAUGCUUCAUAUGUGCAAAAAGCUCAGACACAAGUUGUCGGCACAAACACCCCUGAGCUUUUUAAUACUUCAAGGAUAUCCCCGGGAUCACUUAGAUACUAUGGCUUUGGUCUUGAGAAUGGGCCAUAUACUGUAAGCUUAUUCUUUGCUGAAACUGCCUUUAAAGAUCAAAGCACACGAACUUGGGACAGUGUAGGAAGGCGUGUUUUCGAUAUUUAUAUUCAGGGUAGUCUCCAACAGAAGGACUUUAAUAUCGCAGAGGAAGCAGGUAGGGUUGACAAAGCAAUUCAGAAGAACUUCAGUGCAACUGUGUCAGAGAACUACCUUGAAAUUCAUCUGCUUUGGACUGGUAAAGGGACUUGCUGCAUACCUGAUGAAGGCUACUAUGGACCAUCUAUUUCUGCUCUAAGUGUUGUUUCAGAUGUCAGAGCAGCUUAUAAUGAGACUCCAUCAAAGAAGAGGAGUACUGGGUUAAUUGUUGGUGUUGCGGUUGCUGUUGGAAUUGUGAGCAUUCUAUUGAUAUUGACCAUUUUGUACAUGAGAAUGAAAAGAUCAAACGUCAAGAAUGAGAUAGAGCUUCUGGACGUGGGCCACAAACCAAACACUUUUAGUUAUGCAGAGUUGAGAGCUGCGACCGAUGACUUCAGUCCAGCAAAUAAAUUAGGAGAGGGGGGAUUUGGAUCUGUUUUCAAGGGCAUGCUUCCUAAUGGGAGGGUAAUAGCAGUGAAGCAACUCUCACUAGCAUCUCACCAUGGAAAGAGUCAGUUUAUGACAGAGAUUGCUACCAUAUCAGUUGUACAACAUCGCAACCUUGUUGAAUUGUAUGGAUGCUGCAUCAAGGGAGAUAAACAGCUUAUAGUUUUUGAAUAUCUUGAGAACGGGAGCCUUGCCCAAGCACUUUUCGGGAAAAUUGAUUCUUAUCUUGAUUGGCCAACUCGCUUCAAUAUAUGCCUGGGAACUGCUAGGGCACUAGCUUAUCUUCAUGAGGAAUCAAGGCCAAGGAUCAUACAUAGAGAUGUGAAGGCUAGUAAUAUUUUGCUUGAUGCAGAGCUUUGCCCCAAAAUAUCGGACUUUGGAUUGGCAAAGCUAUAUGAUGACAAGAAAACCCAUAUUAGCACUCGAGUUGCUGGAACAAUUGGCUAUCUGGCACCAGAGUAUGCCAUGCGAGGGCAUCUUACCGAAAAGGCCGAUGUUUUUGGAUUUGGCGUUGUUGCUUUAGAGAUCCUUGCAGGGAGGACAAACUUUGACAACAACCUUGAUAUCGAAAGGAAAUAUCUUCUAGAAUGGGCAUGGAAUCUAUAUGAGAAUAACAGAAGUUUGGAGUUGGUAGAUCCAAAGUUAAUGGUGUUUGAUGAAAGAGAAGCUGCUCGAAUGAUGAGAGUGGCCCUUUUGUGCAUCCAGGCAUCACCACUUCUGCGGCCACGCAUGUCACGUGUUGUGGCAAUGCUUGCUGGGGACAUUGAAGUAACUGCUGUUACAUCAAAGCCCGGUUAUUUGACAGAUUUUGAUUGUCGAGAUAUAACAAGCAGCUUUUCAAAUUGGGAUACUGCAACUUCUACUGUGUCCACUGACAGCCAGUAUGACAGUAUGCAAGACGCCACCUACAAUCCUACCACAAGAGUUGAUCUAACACCUACCCUAAAUGAUGCAGAGCCACUUUAUGAAAUUGUUCGGGAAGGAAGAUGAGAACCAAUCAAUGGGAAUCCUUACCACUCCAAUGUCUUUCCUAUGCCAUCCUCUUCUGAUUGAGAAUUUAAGUGAUCUUCUUUGUUUUAAAUGGGGCUCUUUCUGUAAUAAAUCAAGUGAUAUUCUUUCUUUAUUUUUAUUUUUUUCCCCUUACGAUAGAGCGGAUGCAUGUUGAAUGCAUUCUAAAACACAAUUAGUUGUCUCCAUAAAUAUGUAUAUUUGAUUCAUUUUGAUUUUAAAUUCUAAUUCAAAUAUCAUAAAGUUGCACAUUUUCUCUAGUA